AUGGCGCAACUACACCGAUGUCCAAGCUGCGCCCUCUCUUCGGCCUCAUACGUUCCUUCCAUAAUAUUUCCCAGAUCGCACAAUGCGGGACUCACGUUGCUACUGCGACCAAGGCGGCUUUCCGCCGCGACAGCACCUCGUCUUCAAAAACGAAAUAUAACAAUGCAGCAUAUCCGGCGGAUGAGAGAGGGAGAGGAGGCCUGGAAAAACUUUGCGGAGGAGAUCAAGGCUGGAACGAGGAAGAGCUUUUUGGAACUUAUGGAAGAGCGGGGUUUAGUUAACGCAGUGAUCGGUAAUCGUGAUGCGUUGAAUAGAAUGUGGACGGAAAGGCGAGUGGGUGUAUAUGUCGGUGUUGACCCUACGGCACCAUCACUACAUAUUGGACACAUGUUGCCUUUUAUGGUCCUGGCAUGGGCUUAUGUCCAUGGCAUUAGAGCGGUUUUCCUGUUAGGAGGAUCUACCAGCCAAAUUGGCGACCCUACCGAUCGAUUAGGCCCUCGAGCCAAAAUGGCCAGCUUCACGCGCAAGGAAAACAUGGCGAACAUGCACCUUCAGCUUAGACGGCUUGGGAUGUCAAUUGAGAGAUACGGAGCUAAGCAUGGGUACGAAUAUGAAUGGAUAUGGAGACGAGCAAUUGUAAAUAACAAUACUUGGUGGCUCAAAGAACCAUUCUUCGAAGUCAUGAAGACAAUGGGAGAAGCUGUGCGAUUAGGGCCGAUGCUUGGGCGCGAUACCGUGAAGAAUCGACUGCAGAGUGGCAAAGGCAUGGCGCUUUCGGAAUUCGUUUAUCCACUUCUGCAAGCGUGGGACUGGUGGCAGCUCAUCCAACAACAGAAUGUAUUAGUGCAGGUUGGCGGGUCCGACCAAGCAGGUAAUAUUCAGUUCGGGAUGGAUGCAACGAAACCCCUCAUGAAAGCAAGCAACGAAUACUGGCGAAAACAUGCCCCGAACCCCGAAGACCGUGAAUUAUUGGAGCCUAUGGGUUUCACCACUCCUCUCCUUACAACUCCUUCCGGCCAGAAGUUUGGAAAGUCAGCUGGGAAUGCGGUCUGGCUUGAUCAGGACAUGACGUCAAGCUUUGAUCUUUAUCAGUUUUUCUUGCGAGUCCCUGAUGAGAACGUUGAGCAAUAUUUGAAAUAUUUUACAUUCCUCCCCAUAACGGCCAUCAAAGAACUCAUGGAACGGCACGUUCAAGAUCCAUCUAAGAGGGUAGCACAGCACAAACUCGCAUCAGAAUUCGUCGAGCUUAUUCGAGGGCCUGUAGAAGCUGCUCAGGCUGAAAAAGAUCAUCGAAGCAUUUUUGGCGGUCAAACGCCCACUAUUGAAAUGGAGGCACGCACAAAACGUGACCUCAACCUCUCAGAGACCCAUCCCUUUAACGCACCAUCCCCACAUAUCACUCUUCCGCGAUCGUUAGUCGUUGGUCAAUUCUUCCACAAGGUUCUAUGGUCAGCAGGCAUGGCACCAUCAAAAGCGGAAGCAUUCCGACUUAUCGUCAAUAAUGGUGCAUCAGUUGCGUCGAGGUCUGACUCGACUGCUGUCAUGGAUGAUAAAAUGUCCUACGUUCCCAUCAAAACUUGGGACAAAGAUAUGACGAAGAAAUUUAUCAUUGAUGAUUCGAUGAUGAUUCUCAGAGUUGGGAAAUGGAAGGUUAAGAUUAUCAAGAUUGUAAGCGAUGAGGAAUUUGAGAAACUCGGGCUCGACGCGCCAGGAUGGAAGGGGGACGAAAAUGAAUCUGAAAUAAUAUCUGAGGAAGAAGCAGGCAGAUCGAGCAAGGGGUCGAAGGCUUCAAGCUGAAAUACCACUCUUUUCCUUUCCAGUUUUUGAGGUUUGCUCUCUUCUAUCUUUGCUAUAUGUAUAAAUAUAUCUGCACUGUUAUAACCUC